CCCUGUUCCCGUGCUGAUGCCCCUGUAUUAAUGCUCGCUCUGUGCUGUCACUCCCUGACGUCAGCCUCCUGCCUGCCGCAGCCGCCGGGCUGUGCUGCGGACUCGCCGUCACUCCGAGCCCGAACAAUGGCAGCGACUGCCGGCGUCCGCGCCGCUCUCCUCGUCCUCUCGGCCGCCGCCUCCUGCAGCCCCGCCGCCCCCGAUCCCUUGGACAGCCUGGUCGGUGACACGACCCGGUGCCAGAGCCUUUGCCGCAGCACAUUCCCGCUGGCCGGGCGGUCCAGGGAGGCAACACUGAAUGCCUGUCAACGAGGGUGCCGCCUUCUCUCUAUCUGCCAGUUUGUGGAUGGAAUCAGUGGUUUGAACAGCACUAGAGCUGAGUGUGAGGCAGCAUGCCUGGAGGCAUACAGUCAGACAGAGGAACAGUAUGGCUGCAUCACUGGGUGCAGGGAACAAUCCCUAGAAGCAGAGAGGAGACAGAAACAGCUCCUGACAAUCACCCCUGAAGCCUCCUCAUUCUCACUCUUUGACUACGUGUCCAACCUUUGCAGUGAUUUUGUCAACUCAGCCCAGAGUUUCAUUUCCUCCACCUGGACCUUCUAUCUGCAGGCUGACGAUGGAAAAGUUGUGGUGUUCCAGGCUAACCCCGAAGUCGAGUUCUCGUCCCUAGAGCUGGUGCCCUCACGAUCCAAUGAGGCCGAGAACCUUCAGGACUGGAUCCCUGGACGCCACGAUGAGCUGGGGCCAAAGACUAUUCCCGGGACAUCAGAACCACAAGCAGCUGCUGUUGACAGUGUAAAGAAGGGUGCAGAUAGGAGUGUGGUCCCAGAGCCGGUACUGAAAGAGAAGUUCAUGGAUCGAGAGGGCUCGCAAUCACAGCAUGACUUCCUGGCCUGCAUGUCACGGCGCUCAGGGUUACCCCGUUGGAUCCUGGCUGGCUGCUUGGUGUUGUCGAUCGUGGUCAUGCUGUGGCUGAGUUGUGCGAGUUUAGUGACUGCCCCUGAUCAACAUGUGAAGUCGCAGCCUCUGAGCAUCAAUGGUGAUCAGGAGAGUGCGCUGAAGACCCCUCUGUAUGGACUGUCCCCUGUUAUUGCAGUAACAAUCCAGGAUCACGAGGAGGAGGAUGUGGGGCCUCUGCCUGUGAAAGUGGAUCUGAGUAAAACCCUCAUCUAGAACUUAAUUUCCUAGUUAAAUGGGACAUUCCUGUCUUGCUUGCUCAAGGUGUAGUUUCAGUAUUGACAUGAGUAUACCCUCUUCCCCCAUGUUAACUAUAUCCCGGACUGCUGGCCAGGGAGAGGAUUACGUUUUUUGGAAUCUAACUAACUUUAAACAUCUCUGGACACCCAUUUCCCUCCACUCUACACUUUAAGAUUGAUCAGCUCAAGAACCGAAAUUCCUCAUUCUUUUCUUCAAAUACUAAACAAAGAGUUUUUAGAAUUCUGGGUUGUCUUCAGAUCUCUUUGGAUCUUACUAGAUCUUAUUCUGACCUGACUAUGUAUUUGUAGUAAUGUGAUAAAAGAGCUCAUUGCUAAACCUCUCAGUCAGUCGUUAAGAUUGUGAGCAAAUAUGUCUGGGUGAGAGGGGUUUGAGUAAAAUCCCUCUCCCUCUCCCUGUCUUUCUCUCACACACUCUUACAUAAUCCUUCUCACACAAUUUUUGACAUUCUCUCUCACACUCACACGCACUCUCUCUCUCUCUCUCUCUCUCUCUCUCUCUCUCUCUCUCUCUCUCUCUCUCUCUCUCUCUCUCUCUCUCUCUCUCUCUCUCUAUCACCCUCUCUUUCUCUCACUGAAUUUCUAUUUUUGUCCUGUUAGGGCCAGUGAAAGGUUUCCUGGGUUAGAGGAUAUUGAACGACAUUGUGGCUAAACUGGUCUAGGAGGUUAGGAGCAUGCCCAGCGAUUAAGCAAAUGCAUUUGUACAGAUUUUGGCAUGAAUUAGAAGAGCCACAGGCCAGGGCUUGGUACCAUUCUCUCCUAUAGAUGUAUGCUAUAAUGGCUCCCAACUUUUGCUUAGGGAUUGCUCAUGAUGGAGGAUGGGAAGCUAAUAGGAAACCCUGGAAUUGGGUCUUUGUGAGUUGAAAAGGAGUAGGUCCAGGUGAAUUGAAAGGGAGAAUGAGAAUGGGGCUCUGGUAAGUAGAAAGGGAGCAGGGACCCUGGGCCCAGAAACAUCACCUAGUGAGCUAGAGCAUCAACCAUCAGGAUUUCCAAACAGUAUGCUGGCAGAAUUUUACUGUAUGUGACUUGAAGGCAAUUGUUAGAUUAAUUUGUGGUAAUUUUAUUUAGAAUGAGUAAGCAGGAUGGACAUGUUCUGUUCAUUAUUUACACGAAUAAGGUGAAAUGAGACAGAUAGGCAUGUAAAGGAGCUCGGUGGUAUAGCUGUUUUGUAAGAAUGUGCCAUUAUUAAACAUCUAGAAAUAAAAGGUAUGUAUGGUCUCAAAUGAGGAGCCACUGGUUUUGGACAAAGAUAGCAAGGAUUUCUUCUCUCGGUUGUUUGAGUUGUUUUUACUGUUUCCCAGUGGGCUAUGUGUGGAUUGUUGGGUUAUCUGCAAACUUCGGCUCCAGCUACUGAGUGCAGCCACAGCCUGUUGGGCUGUGCUGGGGAGCACACUGCAGUAAGCAAAGCGGCAUUGCACUGCGGGCAGGACGCUAUGCUGGGAGUAAGGGGUGGUGCAGUCUCUGAGGGACGGGAGGAGGAGUCUUUGCAGUGAGUACUGGCAUCCCUGUUUCCCCCUGCUUCCUCCAUCCCUGGCUCUUUGUUUGCUAAUUAGUUCCUUACUGGUUUAAAUCCCACAGUAGAAGCAGAGGGAAGGAUGGAAUGGGUGACCAGAGGUGACAGCAUUGCUCCUCGCCACCUCAUGCUCAGCCCCAUCCUUAAGGUCAACCCACACGGGGAAGAUGCUGCCUGCCAGUUUAAUUCUAGGGAUUUCGCGUGUUUUUCAGACCCAUUGAGCAGUUUGGUUAGGGCCUCUAAUGAGUGAUUGGGAGUGGAGACCCAAGCUAACUCUUCACAAAGGGGAGAGGCUAAUCAAAUGAUUCUACAAUACAUCACAGUCCUGCCUGAGAUCCACUACUGGUUAGUGGAGCCUGGGAUCCUUACGGUUUGUGUAUUUUUGAAGCCAUACCUUCUGUCUGAUUAUGUAGCCUUUCCCUCUUCUAAUUGGGAUUUCCUUCCUUCAGUCCUCUAGCAUUUCCUGACUUUUUCUCCCAACCCUAGUUUGUAAGGGAGGGCAUGUGAAAUAAAAUGUUGUCAAAAUUUAA